CUGCUUUGGGCACCUGUUGGAGCCGGAGCCUGCUGCUGCUGCUGGUUGCCUGGGGCUGGGAGUCCUGGGGCUGCCGCGGGCGAUGCCUCCUCCUCCCCUGCAGCCGGGGGCGCGAUGCCGGGCCCUGUACCCCUUCUCCGGAGAGCGGCACCGGCAGGGGCUGCGCUUCGCCGCCGGGGAGAUGCUGACCGUCCUGCAGGCGGGGCCCGAGGGCGGAUGGUGGGAAGGCGAGAGCGCCCAGGGGCUCCGCGGCUGGUUCCCGGCCAGCUACGUCCAGCUGCUCGAGCAGAAACCCAGGAAGGUCAUUCCACAAGGAGGAGAAGACUCUCAAAAUGGCCACCUCCCACCUGGCUGGCAGAGUUAUAUGUCUCCUCAGGGGCGAAGGUACUACGUGAACACCUUCACCAAUGAGACAACUUGGGAGCGGCCUAGCAGUGUUCCUGGGACCCCAAAGAGUCCUGUGACCCAGAAGAACUCCUUGACUACAGUGAACGGGUAUCACAUACCGGGGACUCUGGUACCCCAGCUAGAAUCAAGCCACAUGAGUCUCCGCAAAGUUGGCAAUGACCCCCAGAGUCCUGGGUCCCCAUCACCUACUCGGAAGCAGAAUAAGGAGACCACCUUUACGAUAAACUGUGUGACUUUCCCCCACCCUGACGCAAUGCCAGAACAGCAGUUGCUGAAACCUUCCGAAUGGAGCUACUGUGAUUAUUUCUGGACUGACAAGAAGGAUCCCCAAGGAAACAGUACAGUCUCGGGAUUUGAAAUACUUCUCCAGAAACAACUGAAGGGAAAGCAAAUGCAGAAAGAAAUGGCAGAAUUUAUUCGGGAAAGGAUAAAGAUUGAAGAGGAAUAUGCCAAGAACUUGUCCAAACUAUCACAAAGCUCCUUGGCUGCCCAGGAAGAAGGGACACUUGGCGAGUCUUGGUCUCAGCUAAAGAAAAGCCUGGCUGAUGAAGCAGAGGUUCAUCUCAAGUUUUCCUCCAAGCUCCAGGGUGAGGUGGAAAAACCCUUGCUCAACUUCCGUGAAAACUUUAAGAAAGACAUGAAAAAGUAUGACCAUCAUAUUGCUGAUUUGCGAAAACAGAUGGUUAGUCGGUAUGCAGCAGUAGAAAAGGCCAGAAAGGCAUUAUCAGAGAGACAAAAGGAUUUAGAGUUGAAAACACAGCAGUUGGAGAUAAAACUCACCAACAAGACGGAAGAGGAAAUUAAGAAGGCUAGGCGGAAGUCGACUCAAGCUGGAGAUGAUCUGAUGCGCUGUGUGGACCUGUAUAAUCAAUCUCAGUCAAAGUGGUUUGAAGAAAUGGUGACCACCUCUCUGGAACUUGAGAGGCUAGAGGUGGAGAGAGUGGAGAUGAUUCGGCAGCACCUUUGCCAAUAUACACAGUUGCGGCAUGAGACAGACAUGUUCAACCAAAGUACGGUAGAACCUGUGGAUCAGUUGCUUCAGAAAGUGGAUCCAGCCAAAGACAGGGAACUGUGGGUCAAAGAACACAAAACUGGUGAUAUCAGACCUGUGGAUAUGGAGAUAUAGACUGCUGCCACUGGCUGUAAGUGGUGGGGUUCUCUCGCUCAGCCAAGUUCGAAGGGAGUUCUGUAAAGCCUCAAGAAGGAGAGGCAGGAGAGAUGUCCCACUGUCAGCUUCCUUAUAUAUUUAUUAUUGCCUGUAGGGACUAUUUCUGUCAUGUUCCUUCAUUAUUUCAUUCCCUGUUGUGCUAUGCCUUAAACAUCAAACAUUCCAGGGUUGAGACACCAACUCUUCUUACUUUCUUUCAAAACAGGCUUCCAAUACGUGCAGCUCAUGUGAUAGUACUGCUGGACCUGUUUUCCUGGUACAAAGAGAGUUUUGCUGUUCUGUGAUUAACUAUUCUGUGCUACUCUCCUUGCAUGAUGCUCUCUGUUUUGUACAGUAACAUUAAGACACUGUAAGCCUCUGCCAAAUGUAUGAAGUGGCGAAUUUGAAUGUGGAAACAGAGAGAUUAUCGUGAGGAUUGCCACUGAAUUGUAUGGGAGUAAGGAAACGGUUAUGAAGACCACACCUUCCCUCCCCCUAUGGUCUGUGAAACAGAAUUCAUAAUGCUUACCUACCUCACAGGGUUGUUGUGAGGAUAACAGUAAAACAUGUACAAUAUUUGAAAAAAAAACAAAUAUAAAUACAAACGUUGCUGCAAGGUUAUAAUGGAAUAGUUUUGAUUAUUUCAGUAAACGAAGGAAAUGAAGUAAUGGGUUAGGAAAAAGAGCACCCAAAGAAGAGCUGAAUGAGUUUGCCCCUUUUUGUACUCUCAGGGCUUGAACAGACUGGCAAUUUGAACUGGCUUCCCAGUGGUGUGGAGGCCUGGUGACCACAUGCCCCGACUCCACCCCAAUCCAGCUUCAUGCUGCCCGCCCGACCAAACGGCAGGCAGCAUUGGGGCAUUCCUGUGGUGCAGCAACCAGACGCCAUAUGCCACAGGAGCACGGAAGAGCCGCAGCGGCAGCAAAAAGUGCGCUUCUUUUCUGGCCCAAAAAGGAACUGCAUUUUGUUGCUCCUUUUUGAUCCAAAAAAAUGCCAGAUCAGGGCCCCGAUCCAGUGCUCAAAGGGGUACCCCUUUACAGCCAUCUGUUUCGGCCUUCAUUUUAUCCUGCUAUUUUAACUUAUUCAUUCCUCAAGGCAUGUACCAUGGAAAUGAUCUGAGAAUUGCAGCCAUUACCCUCCAGCUGAAAAGAAAGGCCCUCCAGUGACUAGAUUUAAGGCAGCAUUUCUUAAGACUUGAUUGUUGUACAGCAGGUACUUUUCAAAGGACCUUUGAAUGCUUCACUUGGAAAAUUGUCACCACAUCAAAUUGAUGAAAGCAUAACUCAGGUCUUCACUUACAACCAAAUAGCUAACAGUUUACAUGUGUGGGAGGGAGCAAGAAGUCGUGUGGCUUAUUUUAAAAAAAGAGUCACCCCUAAAGGUGGAUGUAUCUGAUUGUUCUUGUCUUGAGCCACAUAAAUCCUUUUGCAGAUACCACAGAAAUAUUCAAGUGGAACGUGGUCUUGGGGGAGACAUAACAUGCUUUUGGAGGGCUCCUGAGGUCCUGCACCAUUACUGCCAUUUUAAAGAGCUUUUCACUUUACAGCAGAGUUCAGUCCAUGUUAAAUCCUUUGAUUAAGAUUCAAGAACCCAUCAGCAUGGGGUAAUGGCCCUAAAUUGCCACAAGUGAGUUAGAAAUUAGUACAGUUGGCUCUCCACAUUUGCAGAUUUGACUUUUGUGGAUUUGAUUCCUAUGUUCUCUCUAGGUCCUCCAGCAUGCCUCUGACAGAGAGUGACCAUAGAGCCACACUGGAGGACAUAAAGAUUCAAGGACAGCUAUUUCACUGAACAGUGAUAGGCCCACACAACCUAAACAGUUGCUCCUGAGCUCCUGCAUGUUGACAAAUGUUGGAGGAGAACCACAAUGUUCUCUAUGCUCUUCAUUUGUCUUCUUCUUGCCAUGGUGUGUAUAUAAAACAAAUAUUUGUUUCAUAUAGUUAUAUUGCCUUUCUCUCUCUCUCUCUCUCUCUCUCUCUCUCUCUUUUUUGUUCUUCCAAGUGCUUUGUUUGAUCAGCUGUCAUAAGGAAAUGUGAGGAGCACAAAGUCCUUGAAUUCUUUUAUUUUCUAAAUUCUUUUUCUCAAAUUCCUUUUUCAGUAUUUUGACCAGAUUUUUAAAAUCUCAUCAUAAUUGCCACGUAUAGUCAUAGUCUUUUCCAUUUCCAAAGAAUUAAGGGGAGGUUGGCUAGGUUUUGAAUGGGGAUAAGUGUUACAGAUAACCUGAACUUCAAAAGUAGUGACAUGAUUUGUUCUGCUUGAAUCUUUGAUGCUUGUGCAUUUUGAGAUAUAAAGGAAGUUAUCAGACAAGGUAUUACAAUUAAUUAUAACACUAGCUUUAUCUCAUUUGAUUAGACUUGCCUGUAUUCUCUUCAGGCUUGCUUUUUUACAAAUGAAGUAUUCUUUUUUUUCAGUUGUAGUUUUAUCUCAGGUUUAUAAUAGGAAACAUACUUUGUCUCCCCCCCACCCCCAAGCUGGCUAUCAAGGUUUCAAGAAGAACAAUUUAUCCUGUUGGUAUGCAUGGGGAAAUUGAGAGUUGGGCAGAUAGCAGCGUUCAAAAGAUUUCCAAAGCACCCAUUCAAUUCUUUUUCCUGUUUUGAAACCAAAGUCACAUUUCCAUAUUCUGUGCAUCAUUCCACCUUGUUUUUCUUCAAAACAUCCUUCAGUUGCCUUCCUUUGAUUUUAGAGCUCUUUCUGACAUUCUCAGUUGUCAUUAUUUAACAGUCUAUUCCCAAAUGGCAUAGGCCCUGAUGCAUUGUACUUUGAAUGCCUUCUCAGAUUUCAGCCAAUGUUAAGCAAAGCUGUCUAUGCAAAUUACCAAAAAUAUUACAGAAUCUCUUCCCAAAUUAGAUUUUAGAGAUACCAUCUGCUAUGUAAAUACGCAAAGGCGUCUGGGCUGGUUUUGUUUUCCUGUGCCUGCUGUCUUCCAUCAAAUAACAAUUGUCUCCUUGUAUAUUACUGUUGUAUUUCUCAUUUUUUUUUCAUUCACUGAAAGAUCCAAGAUCUGGAUGUACCACAGUGCUCUCUGCUUUACCAUUUUUGCAUUGAGGGAGCUGAUCUAUUACAAAUCAGUCCUCCCAAAGCAGUGCCAAAGGUUAUAAAGCAAUUUUAAAGUUUUCACUUUCUCUUUGUGAUAGUCUCAGAUCUAUAAACCUAUUAGCAUGUUCUCUGACUAGCUUCUUAUCUUUUACGUUUUCUGUUUAAUUACAGUACUAAGUUCCCUGUCCCUUAAACAACAAUUAUUAAAUUUCUUGUGUCUUGUGGAACAACUGCAUCUGUAUUCCUGAAUUAAUAAAUCAGAGAAAGAGAGAGAAAGAUCUAUCUUCAUUUUACCAAUAAUAUGUGGAGUUUGAAUUCUAUUCAUUCAUCUCCUUUCCUCAAUCUCCAAGAUUAACUUAGACCAAGAACAUACUGGAAAAGUAUGCAAUUUACCUUUUCCCUCUUUGAAUCCCCAUUUUUCAUCUUUGCUUAGGGCUUGGUGCACUUUUUUGCACUAGUCUCUUCAGAAACAGGUUCAAAACACCCACCUAUCAUUUCACCUAUCUAAGGUUACAAACAAAUCCAUCACUAUUUUCCUCAGAGCUUUCUUUUGCUAUGCAAAGAAGCUGUGGGUGGCUUCAAAUAGAUAAGCAGAAAAAGCAAAGAAUUUUUCUUUGCCCACAUUUUGCAAGAUUUGUGUGGACAAAUAGCUGAACUCCCCAUUCUUAUUAUUCUUAUUAUUCUGAUUAUUUGUAUCCCGCCUCUUCCUGUAUUGGAUCUAAUAAUGGAGUUUCACUAGAGAUGGACUUUUAAUUAUAGUUUCCAAAUAAGCAUGUUCUCAAGAAAUUUCCCUUUGAUAUUUGUGUUUUGGUACAUUUUGUGUUCUCUCUCUCUCUCUCUCUCUCUCUCUCUCUCACACACACACACACACACACACAGAAUGCAGCAUACUGACUUGAUGCUCUUUCUCUAUACUUGUAGUUCAAAACUUCACUGCAUUUUAAAUUCAUCACCUUCAGCUCUGGCACCAUAGCAGUGAGUUCAUCACUGCAUGUUAUUGCUUUGCAGAUAUUUGUCUCAUUCUUACCUUAUCUUUCCUAGUUAUACAAAAGGUGACAUUUGUGGUAUGGCUUCAAAGUGUGGAGCAUCUUGCAAAUAUUGUUUGUGCCAUUUGCUGCAGGGAAUUUUUACAUCAGUUCAUUUUUAACAUGGGCUUUCAUUAGACUAGCCAAACACUAACAGCCUCGUUUUGUUAAAAUCUCAUUUCUACUCGUGUAAUCUCUCUGUCGUUUUAUAUAGCGCCCAUUCCUUACAUGCUUGCCAAUGAUCGAAAAUUGAUUUAUUCCUCUUUCCAAUUUCACAAUAUUGUGAAAUUGCUCUCCAUCCUGGAUUUUCCAUUUUCUCUCCCUGCAGUCAAUCAGUUAGAAUUCUGGUCCCACUUGUUUGGCAAUUGUUGAGGAGGGAGGAAUUUUUCUAUAGAUGUUUAUACUCUGGCAAACCUUGUGUUUCCCUAAGCCAGGGAUGGGGAAAUUGCAGCCCACAUGCUGCAUGUGGUCCUAAAGCCUACUUUAUGGGUCUACAGGUGACCCCUGAAGUCCACAGCAGCCCCCAAAGAUUGUGAGGUUAUUUUUUUCACCCCCAAAUGGUGACACUGCUUGUAGAUACAGUGGUUUAGCUUUUGAGUCCACCUCCUAAUCCCAGUGUCCUUCAAAGUAGCCUUUUGCCACUGUAAAUCUGAAAAUAGUCACAGGAAAUGAUGUGAUGUCACUUCUGUUGUGCUGCAUAGUUCCCACCCCUGUCCUGAUCCUAUUAAUACAAUUCUUUUGCAUGGUUGUACUGUGAACCUUCUCAGUAUAUGAGGUUGUUCAUAAUUUGGUGGUGUGACAUACAGAUAACAUAUUUGCUGUUUAAUAUGGCUCUUCUGAACUUUUCUUGAGUGUUUCUACCUGUCACUAUCUGGGUUUUGUGCAUCAAAUUUCAUUUGGGUUUUUUUCCCCUGGCUCAUUCAUAUCUAGUGCAUUCACAGCGCAGCAUUUUAAUGGGAUCUGUCAAGGAGAUCUCCACUCCCAAGUCUUUUUUGCAGCAGUUCUUCCAUGUUCUCUACAACAUACCAACCACAGCUGGACCUGUUAUGUAACCUCACUGCUGCCCCUUUUCUCAACACAGUUCCUGUUGAUGUGGCCACACACUUCUGAUGUUGUUAUCUUUUUUUAAAAAAAAGGAAGACAAGAUUCUGUGGAAAGUAGAGCUGGGUUAAUGAAUGUAAGUUAUGAAUUUAGGAAGGGAAGGCCAGGGAUUUGAUUUUUGUAACCAAACACAUUUUUUCAUACAUUUCUUGAAUUUGUUAUUUGUAUAGUAGUACAUGAAUAAACCAAACUGUAGUGUUGGUCUGCAAUGCCAGCCAGCCUUGCACAAUUAUCUAGAAAUGUUAUAUUAAAGCCCAUCACUGCCACCACUAUAUCCUGCUCCCCACAUCCCAUUAUCUUUCUCCCCCUCCCCCUUUCUCCCCAUCUUGGAACAACUCCCCCAUUAUUCCUUGGCCAUCUUUAUUUUUAUUCAGGGAUAUACCUCUCUGUUUGCUUCUUGUUAAUUUUCCUCAAUAUCAGCUUGUACUAUAACAGUUAGAUUUGCUUUUUUACAGUAUAAUUGUACAGGUAUAAACAGGCAUAAAUGCAGCUAUGUUAAGCAGGCUUGUUCACCAGUCAGUAACCACCUUCAGUUGUUACUGGGUUUUUUUUGCCAUAAAUAUAAGCUCUCCCAAACAAGGCCUGCUAAAUUCCAGAGGUAAAAUGCAUUCCACUUCAAUGCCAGCUUUGCAGUUCAUAGCUGCUCAGGCCCAUUUCAUAUAAUUUUACAGCAUCCCUCUGACAAUGUUCUGUUUGAUCCACUACAAGGAAACUCAAGUUCUCUAUGGCUGCCUCCACACUAUAGAAAUAAUCCAGUUUCACACUACUGUCAACUGCUAUUCACAAUUAACUGUGAAUUGUAGUUUUGUGAGACCUUUAAUCUUCCCUCUCAGAGGACUCUAGUGCCCCAACAAACUACAAUUCCUGGAGUUCCAUAGCUUUGAGCCAUAAAGUGGUGUGAACCUGGAUUAUUUGUGCAGUGCAUGUGCAGUUUACAAGUAGUCUUCCCUUCCAAAACCCCAACAACAGUAAUGAAAUCUUAAUGAAAUUCUGAAAUCCUUCAAAUGUAUCUAUCUGUUCUUCUGUCAUAUAUUUCUCCCUGUGUACAAUCGAGAGAAUCUGUGCCAAUUGCCUAGCCUUUCAGGUUGGUAUGGUGUGAAAUGGGAAGAAAGAGCAAACUUUCUGCCACUUCUCUCAAAGACAAUGUCAGCUUGUUUUAGACUUUGCUUGAGAGUGCUACUUAAACUGUCUCCACAGCUGCUUUCUGUUGGCAUGCUGACCCUGCGUUCCAUUAUUAACCAUGCUCUUAACAUGAAAAAAGCACAGAAGGGCAGUUAUAAGGAUGACUGUGACUCAUAGAAGGGCUUAGACUUGACCAGCAAUUUCCUUCUUUAAAAGGAGAGACAUGACAAGAUGCAUACAAGGCCAUGAAGCGAUAAUAAAAGAACAAUGGGAUAGUCUUGAAAAUUUAACAGGCAACCAUUUUGACAGGAGUAGAAGAGCAAAAUGAAGGGCACUUGAAACAUCAGAGGCAAUUAACAGGCACAACUGCGUGACAUCAGAUGUUUCAAAGUCAAAUGGGUUAAAAGAUGGGAAAGAGUUUGCAACAUUCAUAAGUCAUUUCGUGAUAAUUGGUCGCUAGCCAGAUCAGCAGUCUUUGGUGUGCUACCAGAGCCAACUUUGCUUUUCUGUGGCUGGAAGUAAAUGACUAAUGAUAGGUCCUUGCUAAAUACACAGCUCUGUACAUGUUUCCCUCCUUGGUGUUCAGGAAUAGCCAUGGUCAGGCUCAGAAUACUGAUCAAUGUUCUAAGCUUGUUUGGGAGUUGUUGGCUUAAGGGCCUCUCCCCUUGUCCCACAGCCUGCUUACAGUUACAGUAUAUUCAACAAGAUAUAUAGAAAUCAGAAGCUAUUAGUAUACUGUGUAUAGUGUCUAUUAGUAUAUUGUCUCGUAUAUUGUAUACUGUGAAGCAUUGAAUCCAGCCCAUGUAAGCCAACAGGCUAAGCCUAGGGACUGAAGGUAUCUUUGAUGCCCCAUAAUUGUUAUUAAACACAAAAAUAAUAUAUUUUAGAUCUCAUGGGGACACAUUUUUCCUGUUUGGUAGAGGAUUGUAAAUACUGCUGUGUUCUAAAGGGCUUUUAUAGCCAGUGCAAUUUAGUGAGUUGCAGUUAAAUGCAGAAUGCACAUUUAGUAACUAUUAAAAGAAUCAGUUCAAAAAUCUGCAUUACAGUAAUAACUUUAUUGAGCCAAUUCAAAUGCAACAAAAAUGUACAAAAUUCUUACAAUUUCAAGAUAUGUUUGUCAAGUAACAUGUUAACAGAGGGAUGAAAGAUGGUGGGGUCAGUCUAACUUGUUGCUGAAGUCAAGAAUUAGAAUCAAACCCCCCUCCCCCCAAAAACCCCCCACAUACACAGUUGAAAUAAGCCCCUUUAAAUUCAUUUUUCUGGUCUUCGGUAUUAGAAUUUUCCAAGGCUUACUGGGAAAAGGUUUACAUCAAAAGAUAUGUCUUAUUUAAAUUAUAGAUGUUUAAAUAAACUGAUGGGGUGGAUCUUCUAGGAGAGUUAUCAUUCUUUCUUCUGACAGGGUUAUGGCAGCUUAAUUAGUUGGUUUGCUUGAGCAGGUGGAAUCCUGCAAGAUGGAGAAAGAGGCUUGCAUAUUUAUGCUAGAACCAAUUUCUUUGAAUCCUGUUUGAUAGUCAUAACUCUAAAGAAACCUGAAAACUUGUUUUGCAAAAAUAGGACAAUUUUCUGCUUCCAUCAU